GUAAAUGUGUGCUGGCCUAUACGGCCACUGGUUACCUUCUGCUGGACAGUAUGCCGGGCUCUGAGCUUGUGUACGAUGUGUAUGUUGUGUAUGUUUGUAUGCGGCAGCGGAUUCGCUGCACGGCCGUGCCGGUGGGUCUGAUCCGCGGCGUGCGGAAGUAGAUCGGCUGCCGCUCAGCCAGCGCAGAUAAGCCGCUCAGGACGCGCAGGCGGCGGGACAUGAUGAAAGCGUCUCUCCUAUCGUCGGUAGGGGACAAAGUGCUGGAGAAAGCGCACUAGCUAACCACCUUCUCGCCGUGGCUGCAGUGAAGCUUUCUGCUGGCGUUUGUGUGUUAACCUGCCACUGGGAAGCGACGUAAUAAACGGAGCGACCAUGUACGGUCUGGGGAAGCUCUCGGUGGAAGUGAAAGUGGCCAUUGCUUCGGGAGUCGUGUUUUUUUCCAUGCUGAUUUCCCGGACUCUUUUAUCUGAGACCGUGGACAUGGACACCCGAGCCAAGCUGUUCCGGGUGCAGUUCCUGCUGCUGGUCAAUUCCUUCCUGCUCAUCGGAUCGCUCUACAUCUGGAAGCGGACCGUAACGGGUUUCACCCGGUCCAGAUGGCUGCCUUUCCGGGUAGCCCAGUGCUGGCGGAUCGUGGUUUUACUGUUUCUCGUAUUCGCCCAUUCCAGCUAUCUGACCAUGUUUUACCUGGUGGCGGAGGAGCCGUACUGGCUGGCGUUGGUGAGCUACACCUGUCUGGGCGCUUACAUCAUCCUGGUGUUUUUCCUAUUCGCCUUCGGCUGCGUGGGGCAGUGUCAUAAACUCCUCACGCGGGGCGCCUCAUCCGCCCGGUCCGAGCCCUCGGCGAUCGCCGGACCUGCCGCAGUCUCCUCCACCCCCAAUAACAGGCAAACGAUCCUGGCCAUCCUAAUGACCGUUGCCCUGACGGUGCUGGGACUGAGGAACGCCUCCCUGCCUCCCGAGGUUGUGCGCGUGGAGGUUCCCCUGGACAAACUGCCCCCCUCCCUCAACAACCUUAAAAUCGUGCUGCUGUCGGAUAUUCACCUGGGCCCCACGGUGGGGCGGUCGCGGCUGGAGCUCAUAGUGUCCAUGGUGAACGAGCUGGAAGCAGAUGUGGUGGUCAUCGCAGGUGACCUGACGGACUCCCAGGUGUCUCGGCUGCUGACGGUCUCGGAGCCGCUGCGGCGCAUGAAGUCCAGGCUGGGCUCCUACUUCGUCACGGGUAACCAUGACUACUACACGGCAGAUGUGGAGCAUUGGUUCUCCCACCUGCGGUCCCUCAGCAUCCAGCCCCUGCACAACAGCCACGCCCGCGUGUCCCGGGCCGACAGGCCGCAAGACUGGAUCUGCCUGGCAGGGGUGGACGACCUGGAGGCCCGAAUGCUGAGGUAUCCAGGACAUGGGAUGGAUGUGCGGGCAGCUUUGGCAGGGUGCGCUCCAGAGUUACCCAUAAUCCUCCUGGCCCACCAGCCCCGCGCCGCCCGCCAGGCCCUGCAGGAGAGGCCCGACAUCAACCUGGUGCUGUCAGGUCACACUCACGCAGGUCAGAUCUUCCCCCUCUCCAUCCUGGCAUACCUGGUGAACCCCUUCUUCAGCGGGCUGUACCGGGUCGGCGAGCACAGCCUGGUGUACGUCUCCCCCGGAACCGUCUACUACGGAAUCCCCAUGCGCAUCGGCAGCCGGGCCCAGAUCACCGAGAUCCUGCUGAGAACUCCAUGAGAACAUACGCACACACACUCACACACACACACUCACUCACUCACACACACACACA